CCCCUUCCCUGAAGCCACCGCCGGGAUUGCUUGGGUCGGGCCGGCGGGGCAAGCAAAUUUGCGCUCGUACUACCGCCGCGCCGAUCUCGAACUCGUCGGGCUCCAAUCUCUCGGAGAUCGCCUCUGCUGCGUCCGCCAUGGCGAACAGCUCCUACGGCUCCAGGGAAGGGCUGACGGUCAGGCCUGCUGCAUCAUCAAGCUCCAGCGAGAUUUCGCUCCAGAUUGACCCGAUCAAUGCUGAUUUGGAUGAUCAUAUCCUUGGACUACGUGGACAAGUCCGCAAGCUAAGAGGAGUCGCUCAAGAGAUCCAGUCAGAGGCCAAGUAUCAAAAUGAUUUCAUAUCUCACCUGCAAAUGACUCUGACUAAGGCCCAGGCAGGGGUCAAGAACAACAUGAGGAGAAUGAACAAGAGCAUCAUACAGAAUGGUUCAAACCAUCUUGUUCAUGUGGUCCUGUUUGCCCUUGCUUGCUUCUUUCUAGUGUACCUUGUGUCCAAAUUCUCCCGGAAAUGAAAUAGGAAGCCUUUUGUUGCAAGAAAGGAAAGGGAGCGAAAGAAACCUAGUGACCGGCAAGGCGGUAACACUAUAGCUGGGUCAAUUCUAGCCACAGUAAUAUGGGACACCAUGAUGGUAGUUGGAGAAGGGAUUUGUUCUUCUGUAUGUUGUACAGAAAUUUGAGUUUAUAUAUAUGUUAAUAUGCCGAGUUUGGUGCUUUUUCACA